AAAUAUGCCUUAAAAAUGCAUAAAAAGUGCCAUAGCAACAAUUUAAAGCCAAUUAAGUGCCAUAAUGCAUCGGAAUAAUAGUGAAGAAAAAUUACAAAAACAACAACGAAAUAUAAACAAAGCUUUGAGACCGCCAACAACGCCCGCCCACCCCCAAAAAUAGCAACAACACCAAGAACUGCUUGCAACAUGUCUAAUGAUGUACAAAUAGCUCGCGUAGCCAAAAUUACCACAGACGUGCCCCGACGACAUGGCAAACAACAACUACAACAACAGAAGCAAGCCAGCAACAAUACCAAUAGUCGCAUAUCAAAGGGCGUUGACGAGGACAUGGAAUAUGUAUUUGGUAGCAUAUCUCCAAGAGGCGGUGCUCCCAACGCCGCGUUAGGCCAUCAAAAGCAUUUAGUGGGUUCAUACGAUUUGGAUUCACCCGAGCACACACAACGCGACACAACGGAAAGCGACAACAACAUCAGCUCCUGCUCCACGCUGGACAUUGUCAACAAAGUGGAGCAAUUGUCGGUGCAGCAGAUGGAGGUGCGUGUGCGGGAUCUGACACAACGGCUGCAACAGGCUGAGGAACAGCGCAGUGCACUGCAGCGCCAACUGAACGAGAGCAAUGUGGAGAAGGAGAUGUGUCACAAGCGCUUGGAGGUGGUCAGUGCGGCGCACGAAUGUCGCCUCACCGAGAUGCAUUGCGUCAUUGCGGAGCUGAGCAAGAAAUUGCGCAGCAAACAGGAUCAUAUCAUUAUGGAGGAGCAGGAGCCAGAGGGCAGUGAGCUCAGUUAUCAGGAAGGCUCGUUAUACAAUUCUGAACUAAAUCUUACCAACCCGGAUGCCGAAUGUCAAACAGAACCGCUAGAGGAUUUAGAGGGGGCCUACUCUGCUGGCGAAGAGUUGGCGCAGAGUGCGCAAAACAUUUGCUUGGACAGCAACCAUAUCAAAAUGUCUCAAGAGACUGUCAACAAAGGACAAUUGGAGGCGCUACAGGAGGAGGUGCUCCAUUUGCGGGCUCAGAUUGCUCUCCUGCAGGCGGAAAUUGCAACCAAAGAUGACCUUGAGCUGGUGGUCGAAGAGCAAACCAAUGUGGCGUAUUUUGCCUGCGAUGUGGACGCCGAUGAAGGUAACAACAAGACCAAACAGAAGAACAAGAGCGAACAGCAACUAAACGAUUUGAAUAUGAGCGCACAGAAUGCAGUCUGCGUGUCGCUAAGCAGUCCACAGAAGCGUGUCCCGCCUGUGGCCAAAAUGGCGGAGAGGGUGAAGCUCCGCUGCGCCAGCAAGGACGAGCCUGACGAGCGCAAUGUAAGCAACUUGGAAUUAAUAAGCAAUGAACACAUUGAUCUCGUCGAGCAUUUGGUCUGUGAAUUAAAGGAGCACAAUUCACUGAUGGACAGCUUUAUGGACCCGUUGCAGUUGAGCAACGAGCUGCAGGACCUGCAACGUAAAAUGGAGCACCUAAAGAUGCGCAACACACUGCUCUCGUUAACACUGGCCGAGUCCAAGGAGCACACGGAACAUCUCUAUCUGCUCUGCGGGAAAUACGAAUCCAACGCCGUCGCUCUACAAUUGGCCGUCAAUUGUAGCGAUCGCGCAAUUGAGGCAUACGACGUAAUGCUGGCAUUGCUGGAGAGCAAAUUGGCGUUGUUGAACGACAAAUCCCAAGCGGCUGAGGAGAGUCGUCUGGCGGUUGAAUCAGUGGCGCGUCAUUUGCUCGCACGCCUUGAGAGUGAGAAGAACGUGUGCGAGAAUAGUUUGGGUCCGUGGCAGCACAACUUGAAUCUGAACAGCGAGGCCACUAAAAAUUCACGCAACUGGACUGCCGACGAUGACAAUCGCCUGCGCUACCAUGUGUCCAAGCUGAAGGGUCGCCGUUCGACUGUGCAGCACACGAUAGUGAAUCUGGAGUCCCCAUUCAGUGAUUUUUACGAGAAGAAGCGUUUGGCUCUCGAGGAGGAGGAGCAUAAGCGAGACACAGACGAUGACGAGGGGGGAGAAAAGAAGUCACCUAUUGAUUUGGAAUCGGCGGUGGCACUGCAAGAGCUGCUUGAAUUACGCGAACAGAAUCUACAGCUGAAGACCAAGGUAGAAGAGGUGGAACGGGAGCGUCAGCGUGCGAAUGAACGCAUCGGGGUUUUGCACGAGGCACUUAAGCAGUUGCAGCUGCAACUGAGCGUCAGCUCGAGUGCUGUGCUCUUUCAGCAACAGACCAAGCGUGCCUCCUACUCGGAGGCAGAGCAUGCAGCGGUCACCGAGCAACAGCUAGUCGAGGCACUGACACGCGAAAUGGAGCUCAAGGGACGCAUUCAAACAUUGCUGGCCAAUGUGGCGAUCUCGCAAAAGAUUUCCGAUGAAAAGUACGAGCAACUACAGCUGAAUGUGCGCGAACUACAAAAGUCAAACCACAAGUAUCAGAUGCGCAUACGCAAGCUGGAGCAGAGGAUCAGCGAGCAGCGACAAACGGAUCUGCUUAAGCAUCAGGCGGCGAAGCUGCAUAAUCAAGUACAUGUUCCUGAGACUACACUCUAGAUACCGGCUGCUCCCACAAGCAAUGUGGAAACCACUUGGGCGUUUGGGCGCAUCCUUUUGCGGCUUACUUUACUGAUUGUAUCACAAAUGUGCCAUGCGACUAAAAUUUGCGGCCGGCGGCCUUGCCCCGUGCUUUAAGUGUGCGAAUCAAACUAUAUUAGCAUUAACUAUAGGCGUAGACAUACAUUUACAUACUACGAGUAUAUAAUAUACAAACAUACAUAUACAUUUACAUAUGCAUAUACGACGUAUUACCUUGCUGGAGAGUUACUCACGAGUCAUACACGGAAAUCCUAUAUUUAUACAAUGUAUUCGCACUUUGCUUGUUAUAUAUAAACUCAAUAUGUAUUUAAAGAUUGUACAAAUAAAACUAUUGGAACACUA